UUUCGAUUCGGGUGGUUUACACACAAAAUCCGUUCGUUCGUUUAAUUCUUUUCAAUUUUUCCAGCCAGGAAAAUUAUGAAAACGAAUUCAACAUAGAAUAAAACUCAAUAAAUAGAGAAAAAGUUUGAGAGAGCAAAAGAAAUAAAAAGUGAACACAUUGUGACAAAAUAAAACAUGUUCUAAACGUUGAAGAAAGGCCAACAAACGGGAAAAAGUAACCAGCAGCUGAUGUAAAAGAAAAAGCGAUGUUACUAUGGCCAACAACUACAACACAUCGAACGGAAGCGGAAACGCCAAUUCAAAUCAUGAACGACGACAACAACAGCAACCCAUGUUCUUUUGGUGGGGCCAACGGCUGUGGCAAGAGUUACGCGGACGCAUACACAUGCGUACACCGCCAGCAACAACACCCGAUGACGACAUGAGAACCCCAUCAGAUGGCGGAGGCGGCGGCGGUGGUGUCGGCACCGGCCUCGGUUCACCUCUAGACGAUUCCGAGAAGCGUAUCAUUUUCAUUAAUCGUCCACAAAUACAGAAAUUCUGCAACAACCAUAUAUCCACUGCUAAAUAUAGUUUCAUAAGUUUCCUACCAUCGUUCCUGUUCGAACAGUUUCGUCGUUAUUCAAAUUGUUUUUUCCUACUGAUUGCCCUGCUGCAACAGAUUCCAGAUGUUUCGCCCACCGGGCGUUAUACCACAUUGGUACCGUUGAUAUUCAUAUUGGCCGUGAGUGGUAUUAAGGAAAUUGUGGAGGACAUUAAGAGGCAUCGAGCCGACAAUGAAAUCAAUCACCGGACGGUGGAGAAACUAAAAGAUGGCGCCUGGAUGACAGUGCGUUGGGAACAGCUGGCUGUGGGCGAUAUUGUUAAGAUACCAAAUAAUACCUUCUUUCCGGCUGAUUUGAUUCUGCUGUCGUCGAGUGAACCGCAGGCAAUGUGUUUCAUUGAAACCUCCAACCUGGAUGGAGAGACAAAUCUGAAGAUACGUCAAGGUGUGCCGGCCACUGCAAGGUUGUUGGAGACCCGAGAUCUGGUCGAACUGGCUGGGGUAGUGGAAUGUGAAUUGCCCAAUCGGCUGUUGUACGAAUUUAAUGGUGUGCUCAAGGAGCAUGACAAACAAUCUGUAUCCCUGGGUCCUGAUCAAAUUUUACAGCGUGGUGCUGUAUUGCGUAAUACCUCAUGGAUAUUCGGCAUGGUAGUGUACACCGGCCAUGAUACAAAAUUGAUGAAAAAUUCCACAUCGGCCCCUCUGAAGCGAUCCACUGUGGAUCGCCUUACCAAUACUCAGAUAUUAAUGUUAUUCAUGAUAUUAUUGGUCCUGUGUCUGACCAGUGGCGUGUUCAAUUUCAUUUGGACGCGCAAGUACUUUGUGGCCGAUUGGUAUUUGGGCCUGGACGAUUUCAAGAGUAAAAACUUUGGCUACAAUCUGCUGACCUUCUUUAUUCUCUUCAACAAUUUGAUACCCAUAUCACUGCAAGUUACCUUGGAACUGGUACGAUUUUUGCAGGCCCAAUUCAUAAACUGUGACAUACAAAUGUACCACGUCGAGUCGAAUACCCCAGCCAUGGCAAGGACCUCAAAUCUAAACGAAGAACUGGGUAUGGUGAAGUAUAUAUUUUCGGAUAAAACUGGAACGCUGACACGCAAUGAAAUGGUCUUUAAGAAAUGUUCCAUUGUCAAUGAGAUCUAUCCCACGGAGAAUACACCCGAACAAAGUUUGGUGGUGCAAAAUCUGCUGAGUAAACAUCAGGAUUCGGAAACGAUAAGGGAAUUUUUGGUUUUACUUUCGGUGUGCCACACCGUUAUACCGGAAAAGAAUCCAGAUGGUUCCAUAACCUAUCAUGCAGCCAGUCCGGAUGAAAGGGCCCUGGUGGAUGGAGCCAAACAGUAUGGCUUUGUGUUUGACACACGCACUCCACACUACGUGGAAAUCAAUGCCUUGGGCAUGCGCGAACGUUAUGAAAUCUUAAAUGUCUUGGAGUUCACCUCGACACGGAAGAGGAUGUCGGUUAUUUGUCGCACCCCAGAGGGCCACAUCAAACUCUAUUGCAAGGGAGCCGAUUCAGUGAUCUAUGAACGUUUGGCCCAUGACGGCCGGUCAUUUAGUGAUGUCACCCUUCAACAUUUGGAAGAGUUUGCCGCCGAAGGUUUACGCACCCUGUGCUGUGCUGUGUCCACAAUACCCCAGGAUGUCUACGAUGAUUGGCAGACCACCUAUCACAAGGCCUCAACCACCCUGACUGAGCGAGAACGUAAAAUGGAAGAGGCUGCCAAUUUGAUUGAGAACAAUCUCCACCUGCUGGGCGCCACUGCCAUUGAGGACAAACUACAAGAUGGUGUACCUGAAACAAUAGCUUCCCUAAUAGAGGCGGGCAUUAACAUUUGGGUGUUGACGGGUGAUAAACAGGAAACAGCCAUAAACAUCGGCCACUCCUGUCGCCUGAUAUCGCCCUCCAUGGACAUUGUAAUACUUAACGAAGAAAGUCUGGAUGCCACCCGGGAGGUAAUACAUCGUCAUUCCAGUGAGUUGCAAACUUCAAUAAACAAGAACUGUAAUGUAGCUUUGAUCAUAGAUGGUAAGACGCUUAAGUAUGCUUUGAGUUGUGAUCUGCGGCGGGAGUUUCAAGAGUUGUGCACCAGCUGCCGCGUGGUGGUCUGUUGUCGCGUCUCGCCCAUACAAAAGGCCGAGGUGGUCGAGCUGAUAACAACCACCACCAAAGCUGUGACUUUGGCCAUUGGCGAUGGCGCCAACGAUGUGGCCAUGAUACAAAAGGCCAAUGUGGGCGUGGGUAUCUCCGGGGUGGAGGGUCUGCAGGCGGCCUGUGCCUCCGACUAUUCAAUAGCCCAAUUCCGUUAUUUAAAGCGUCUCCUGCUGGUACAUGGUGCAUGGAACUACAGGCGUAUAACCAAACUGAUUUUGUAUUCAUUCUAUAAAAAUGUCUGCCUUUAUGUCAUAGAGCUGUGGUUCGCCAUCUAUUCGGGGUGGUCGGGUCAGAUUCUCUUCGAACGCUGGACCAUUGGUCUGUACAAUGUGGUGUUUACCGCCCUGCCACCCUUUGCCAUUGGGAUCUUUGAAAAGGUCUGCUCGGCAGAGACAAUGCUAAAAUAUCCGCUGCUCUAUAAACCAUCACAGAAUGCCAAACUCUUCAAUGUCCAGGUGUUUUGGGUUUGGAUCAUCAAUGCUCUGCUGCAUUCGAUCAUACUCUUUUGGUUGCCACUCGGUGCGUUGGGCACCGAAACAAUAUGGGCCAAUGGCAAAACCUCCGAUUACCUAUUGCUGGGCAAUCAUGUCUACACCUAUGUUGUGGUCACUGUCUGCUUGAAAGCUGGUCUUUCAACCAAUUCCUGGACCUGGCUCACUCAUGCCUCCAUAUGGGGCUCCAUUGGGCUGUGGUUCAUUUUCAUUUGCAUCUAUUCGAAUUUCUGGCCCCUGCUGCCGGUGGCAGCCAAUUUCCUUGGCAUGGAACGUAUGAUCUUCACGACACCGAUCUUCUGGUUUGGUUUACUGCUUGUACCCAUUACCACACUACUGGUCGAUGUACUCUUCAAGCUUGUACAAAACACCGUAUUCAAAUCAUUGACUGAAGCUGUACGAGAAUCGGAAAUACGUAAGCAUGAUCCCGACGAUGUGAUGAAUGAAUCGAGAUCAUCGUUUACGGAAACGGCCAGGCUAUUGCGUAGCGUGUUUAUACGACGUGCCAAUACCCGGGUCGAUACCGAUGUUGAGCUGUCGCAUGGCUAUGCAUUCUCUCAGGAAGAGGGCGGGGCCGUAUCACAAUCGGUCAUAAUACGUUCGUACGAUACAAAUCUACAAAAACCCAGUGGCAACUAGAAUCGUAAGCAGUAUUGGGCAAGACAAAGAUUUUAAUAUAAUAAACAACAACAAAAUUACAACAAUAACCACCAAAAUGAAAAGAAACAACAAAAUUCGAAAAAAAAAAAAAAAACAAACAAAUUGUGAACCCUGAAAUUUCAAAACAAAAAAAAAUUAAACAAAAGUUGUAGAUUUUUUACUGAAAAUAAUGAAUUUGUUUUUGUAGAAUUU